AUGGGUAUAUUUGGUACUUCUCGAGAAGAAGAAGAGCAAUUAAGACAGGCAUCGCUCCAAAUAGGUUCGGCUAGUCAGGAUGCUAGUCGUCAGUCGAUUUCCUCUUCUACUGGUGAAAGUUCAUAUUAUGUAACUGCCGAUGAAGGAGAAGAAGAUGAAGAGGAAGAAGAAGCAGAAGAAGAAAGUGACGGUAAAGGAGAAGAUGAAAUUCAACAAUAUAACAAGGAACAACCAAAAGAAGAUAAACUUGAACCUGAGGAAACAGCUAGUUUGGAUAGUGAUUCAGAUAAUCAAGAUGACACCGAUGUCGAAACCAUACCAUAUAAUAAACCUUCAAUUCCAUCAGCUCCUGAAUCAGUAUCACCAACAAUUGCCGAAGGCUUAGAUGCUGAACCAUAUGAUCCUUCGGAUGAUGAACGUUCCUUAAGAAGAAAACGGACUUUAGAAAAAAUUCAUUCUCAUAGAUCUAUUGACUUACAACUUCAUACCCAAUUAUCAAGAACUUUAACUGUGUUAAGUGAAAAAGAAAUCGCUGCUGGAUAUCUGAAUAUAAAUGAUUUAGAUUGGGACUCCUUACAAGAUCCAGCUAAUCCUGAUAAUUGGUCUAAAUUGAAAAAAUGGUAUAUUACUUGUGUGGUGGCAUUAUUAUGUUUAUGUUGUACCUUAGGAUCUUCAUUAUAUACUUCUAGUAUUCCUGAAUUGAUGAUGCAAUUUGGUGCUUCUCAAGAACUUUGCAUAUCUGGUUUAACCUUCUAUAUGCUUGGGUUAGGACUUGGUCCAGUAUUCACAGCUCCACUUUCCGAAAUUAUUGGUAGAAGAUAUAUUUAUUCAAUUUCGUUACCAAUUGGGAUGUUAUUCACUUUAGGAGUACUGUUUUCUACCAAUAUGAGAACUAUAUUAGUACUUAGAUUCUUUUGUGGAUAUUUCUUAUCACCUGCAUUAUCAAUCGCUGGAGGAACUAUAUCUGAAAUCUGGGCAUCUGAUCCUCAAGAAUUAGGAACAGCAGUAGCAUUAUUUUGUUUAGCACCAUUCUUAGGUCCAACCAUUGGUCCAGUUAUUGGAGGGUUUGCAGCUGAAAAUAAAGGGUGGAAAUGGUCUGCCAGUUAUAUCCUUUUAAUGUUCAGUGGUUUGAUUUUACCAUGUUUGCUUAUUAUACCUGAAACCUAUAAACCUAUCAUUUUAGAAAGAAGAGCCAAGAAAAGAAAUAUUAAAGUAAGGGGUCCACAAUUUAGUUGGGAUUUUAUUAAAAAGAUCAUAAAGAAUGAUUUAUUUAGACCAUUUAAAAUGUUAUUCACCGAUGCUAUAGUUUUCUUUUUAUCAAUUUAUUUUUCAUUCGUCAUGGCCGUAUUAUUUGGUUUCUUUGAGGCUUAUCCAAUCAUUUUUGUGGGGGUUUACCAUAUGAAUUUGGGUGUUUCAGGAUUACCAUUUAUUGGAAUUGGAAUUGGAUUAGUUGCGGGGAUCUUCUUCUUUGGAGUUUUCAGUAAAUUGGUAUUCUUUAAUAAGGAUGGUACGGAAAAUGAAAAAUAUUCUUCUCCAGAAUCAACUUUAAUUAUAGGAAAAAUUGGAUCUUUCUGUUUACCAGUAUCAUUAUUUUGGUUAGGUUGGUCUGCUAGACCUUCAGUUCAUUAUAUGGUUCCAGUUGCUGCGGGGGUACCAUUUGGGUUUGGAUUAGUGUUAAUAUUUUUCACUGUUUUAUUGUAUUUUUCAAAAUGUUUUCCUGCUAGCAACGUUGCAUCUGCCUUAGCUGCAAACAAUGUAUUAAGGUAUACUUUCGCCUCAGUAUUUCCAUUAUUUACGGUACAAAUGUAUGAUAAUCUAGGAAUUGGAUGGGCAUCAUCUGUAUUUGCAUUUAUUUCAUUAGCCUUAGUUCCAGUUCCAUUUGUAUUUUCCAUGUAUGGUGAAAGAUUUAGACAAAAAUCGAAAUUCGGUUACGAAGCUUAUGCGGACGAAAUUGAUUUACCAUCAGAAUCAUUAGAUAACAAAUAG